UGCUGUCUGUUUGCAAGAAGAGACAUACAGCAGCAACAAAAGACAUAAUCAAGCAGAGAGAGAAGGAUUGGAACAGACAGAAGGUGUGAGAGAGAGGAAAGGCAAGCAGGACUGACAGAGAGCAAGAACUUAGGAGAAACUGGCUGGGGCAUUAAGAGAAAGAUUGAAGGUGUCAGCUGAGAGGGGUCUGAACAGAGAGAUGGGACAAGUGUGCCUGUGGAUCAUGGUGACUGUACUAGGACUCUGUGUAUCAGAAGCUGUCACUGCUGCUAGAAGCCAUGGGCGUAGACCACCAAAAGAAAACCCUAUCGACAAGAUUCCUGCAGUAGUGGACCUCGACCUGACUAAGAUCAGUGGAAAAUGGUUCCUUGUGAGCGUUGCAUCCAAGUGCCAGUACCUCCUAGAGAACAACUUACGAGUGGAGAGCACCACUGUCACCCUGACUGCUGACACCUCCCCUACCUCCCCACUAUCGGUCAGCACACUCAGGAAGCUUAAUAUGCAGUGUUGGGAAAUUAGGCAGGAAUAUCUGUCCACCAAGACCAGUGGCCGCUUUCUACUCAAAAGUCGUAAUAAAAUGGCGAAUGACAUUGACAUCAUCGUUGGAGAGACUGACUAUAACUCUUAUGCCAUCUUGUACUACCAGAAACGUGGGAAGAUCUCCAUUAAACUCUAUGAAUGUGUAGUGAGGUUCAGUCAGGUUUAUUCAGAACAAUGGAUUUCAACAACCAAUCAGAAUUUGGUAUGUCUUUAUUUUAUGAUUAUAUGAUUCUAAUAAGAGGAAAUGAUAAUUCUGCGACAGCUAAACAUAGAGGUUAGCAGUCCUACCAUUUAAAGAAGGUUAAUUCGUGUUAAGUGUUAGUUAAACGCUACUCUGUUAUGUGGUUAAUUUGUCUGAUCAGACUUAUAAAAUAAAGUAUUAACAAUGUAAAACUACAAGGUCAGGGAAUUUGCUAUUCCCUACCCAACAUAUGCACAACAAACAAAAUACAACAACAAACAGCAGUAAAAUAACCUAUUUCACGCUAUCCUAUAGUUUGAUGUCAGUGUUAAAUAAAAUGCGUUUCAAUUCUUAACGGCAAUAAUAAGGGAGGCCAGUCCUUAAUUCCGUUAGGUGAUGCGUCAGUUCGUCAGCUGGCCCCAGGGUCAGUGGCAGUUGCGUAGAGACUUCGGAAACUUCUUUUUUGAAGUUGGGGUCGCGACGGGUUCCAGUCAAAGUGAUUUUGGAUGUGGCCCCAAAGUUUGUGUGUAUAGUUAUACAUUGUUACAUAUGGAAGGUCAAACAGUUAAAAAAAAAAUUAUAUUUAUGUCUGUAAUCACACAUUGUCGCAUUGUAAUCACACAUUGCUCAUUCUAUUCACUUUGCUUCUUGUAUCUCCUUGCUUCCUUAAUUUUUUAAUGCCUAGAUUCCUCCGUCCUUUCCUUGUUUCCUUUCCCUGCAUCCUAUGAUGAGUGGAGCUAGGACAAGGAAAAGAAGCAAGGAAAGGACACAGGAGGAAUCGAGGAAACAUGUAUAAAGCAAUUGGAACGUCCUUGCUCUUUCAAGUGUCACUUUGAAAGCCAUGUCAAUUACCAACAUGUCAGAUUGGGAGAGCUGAAUUAGACGCCAUAUGUUCCGGAAAUAUACCUCCACAAAGGAUGCACUCGUGCUUCUACGCUCAGGAAUUAUUUGGGAGACUCCUAGCUCCUUGAAGGAGCAUUUGACGAGUUGGGAUGUCCUCAAAGAUGACGCACCACGAUCAAUUUCCGGGUCAGUCAAAGACCUUGGAGACAAAGGACAAAUAAAAUAAGUGAUUGGAAUGCACCCACGUUGACAAUGCAUGAUUCCAGAUGUCAAUCGCAUAUUUUUUUAUCUGUUUGGCCUUCAAUACUAGGAAAGGAAGCAAGGAAAGGAAGUAAGAAGGUAAAAAAAUAAGCGGUGGGAACGCACCCCAAUUCUUCCUGCUGCUGAAGGACUUUGAGGACAUUUUAGUGAUCCAUGCAACACUUGUUUCCUCAAAUACACAGUGAAUUAGAAAAUACUUUUGUUGUGUAUCUUUUGUAUGCUAACUCCAAAAUUGGCAUGGAAAUAGCUAAUCAAGUCUGCAUUCAAUGAAAGAUAUUUUCCAUUAGACUUCAAAAAAAUAUGUUGUGGAUUGUGUAUAUGUGGAAUGUGUGUUUCACUAAAUCUGGUUUCCAUAAAAAAAAUUUUUUCAGUUUA